GUUUCGUGGGUAUUGUUGUGCACCGGCACAAUGAUACCUGGCAACAUCGAAAGAGAAGAGGAUGAGAAAGCAGAGCAGCAGACGACGGGCAGUCGAGAGUAAAAACCUCAAGAAGAAUCACGUUUCUCUCGUUCUGAUUAAUAUAAUUUCUCCCUGUCGUGUUCAAGUUCCGUGAAAUACAAAACUUGCUUCUCGUUCUACCGUCUAUUUCGUUCGCUGUGACGCGAGUAGUUCACAUUUUGGUGCCGAAACCCGGGAUAAACGCUAGUGAAGGAAGCCGACAACGACUCAGCAGCACGUGCUUCUUUCGAGCGAUUCUAGCCGUAUCCAACUGUAUCGCACCUCGAACAUCGAACAUCGAACACCGCACAUCGAACACCGAACAUCGAAUACCGAACAUCGAACACCGAACAUCGAACAUCGAACACCCUAGAACCGAACAUCGACCUACGAACCCCCGACAAAUAACAUCAAAAAGGGAGCACAUUGCCUUGCCUCUUCACAUCAUCCGACCAAUCAAGCUAUCGAAGCAAUGGAGGAAGACGAAAAUGACUUGGCGAACGACAAGCAUGUGCUAUUUGCUCAACGCACAGUAGCCAAGAGAUUUCACACGAAACUCAUCACCCGUAUUGGCAACUUUCUGAACGAGAAGCCGAAGGCCGACGAUGUAAGGAGUAAUAUAUCCGAACUCGAAGCUGCCCUGAGAAGAGUAGUAGCGCUCCAUACGCGCUACGCCAGCCGGCCAACUUUAUCAGAGGAGGAAAAGGCAGCUGCAAUCACAUGGCUCGACAACGUUCAAGAUUCCAACGGGAGCUGUCUAAACCGAAUGAGGUCGUACCUCUCCUCCCUGGACCAAAAUUCAGCCCGGAAGGGAAAGAAUACAUCCGGUCAAUGGAGUGUAAGCCAGCAUAGAAGCCGCGCAGAUGAAGGCACAACACCGGACCUAAGCAUACGCUCACAUCAGCCACCGCUCGAUGCAAAUCUCAAUCUAGAAGCUCAAUUGCAACAAGCAAAGCAAGAUCACGAGCGCACACUCGCCGAGAUUAAAAAAAGAGGAGAAGAAAACUUAAGCAAAAUUCAAGCGGCAAUCAAUCAACGGGAUGGCGUCUGUCCAGAAAAUCUUCUACAACCACCCCAUCCAUUCGCCUCUACGCCUAUAACAUCAGCGGUUACAACGCAAGUCAACCAGCAGCCAAGAAGGUUCCUACAGUUCGAUACAACCGCGUCUCACAGAGAGCAACAGUCGCCAUCAGCCCAGUACACGCAUCCAUCUUCAGGGCCAUCCAACUAUCCGCCACCAGCUCAUUGGCCAAAAAUAGCGAUUUCAAGAUUUAAUGGCGAUUGCCGCCGCUGGCCGGCUUUCGCCCAGGUGAUGAGAGCAACUAUAGAGGAAACUGCACUGCCAGACCUUUACAAAGUGCUAGCUUUGCGUGAGAACCUUACUGAAGACAUCCAGAAGAGAAUGGCGAAUCUUUUCAACGGCUCUUACACUUAUGCUCAAGCCUGGAGCGAGCUAAAGGACAAAUAUGGUGUGCCCGCAUUGAUUAUUCAAGCCCACAUCCAGCACUUGCAGAUGGUCCAAUCAUUCCGUAACGGCGAUUUCAAGUCCCUCGCCGACCUAGCCUCUCUCGUCCGGGAUGCAGUAUCUAGCGUAGCCGGAGACCCAAGCAUGAACGAAUUCACGCACUCAACGGUCGUCAACCAGCUCGCCACUAAGUUGCCUUUCAAUUUGCAACAGGACUGGGGACGUUAUGCUUACAAUCUACGUCCAAAGGUCUCUUCCUUAGCCGACUUUGACCGUUGGAUUGACGCCAUUGUAGGAGCGGAAGAGUUGCGCGGCGCUAAACUCAACAAUUACGUAGCACCGAAGCAAAACCCGCCACCGCGCCCUGCACUACCUUUCCCGCCAACAAUUCUAAAAAAUUCCGUCGCGUUCAAGAUUCCAAAAUCCGUCGAAAGCCCGUCCGAGAGACCCAAUCGAGCAGACAACCAAUGGCCUGCAUGUCCAGCUUGCAGCGAUAACCCUGGCCAUCGUCUCGAAGCAUGCGGCAUAUUCCGAAAAAUGUUGCCAUCUCAGCGAGCAGCUCUUUGCGGAGAAAAUAACCACUGUUUCAAGUGCUUGCUUCCCGGACACUAUGGGCGAUCCUGCAGGAACACCGACGUGGCGUGUAAUGCCUGCCCCGGCAAGCACCACUCUCUCAUUCAUGGAGCCGAACGCGUUUUUCCUGGAAAACUUCAGCCAAAAGAAAGUAAUCCGCAACCGGAAUAAUCGAUCCAUCGUGGCGGCCGGAGUGUUGUGCACCGGCACAAUGAUACCUGGCAACAUCGAAAGAGAAGAGGAUGAGAAAGCAGAGCAGCAGACGACGGGCAGUCGAGAGUAAAAACCUCAAGAAGAAUCACGUUUCUCUCGUUCUGAUUAAUAUAAUUUCUCCCUGUCGUGUUCAAGUUCCGUGAAAUACAAAACUUGCUUCUCGUUCUACCGUCUAUUUCGUUCGCUGUGACGCGAGUAGUUCACAUUUUGGUGCCGAAACCCGGGAUAAACGCUAGUGAAGGAAGCCGACAACGACUCAGCAGCACGUGCUUCUUUCGAGCGAUUCUAGCCGUAUCCAACUGUAUCGCACCUCGAACAUCGAACAUCGAACACCGCACAUCGAACACCGAACAUCGAAUACCGAACAUCGAACACCGAACAUCGAACAUCGAACACCCUAGAACCGAACAUCGACCUACGAACCCCCGACAAAUAACAUCAAAAAGGGUAUUUAAUUUCUAUCAUGUCUCUCUCGUUCACAAACUAAUCCGGCUCUUAUAGGAGCACAUUGCCUUGCCUCUUCACAUCAUCCGACCAAUCAAGCUAU